CCCUGACUUGGCUUUACAUUUCUAUUGCCCAUCACAGCAACUUUCAUUUCUCUCCAAGGAAUUCAUCUUCUUGCUCAGCUUGAUCACCAAAAACCAAGUCCUAGCAAGAAUCAAUGGCAGCAACCAUGGCAACAAUGGCAAUACUCAAUGCUAAGUGCUUGAGCAUCAACUCCAACAAGAAUAUCAGUCCAACCAAGCCAUCAACAAAACCUGUCUCUCUUCUCUCCAUGCAAAACCUCCCAAAAGGCCUAACCAUCUCAAAACCAGCAGAUAACACUGUCCUGACCGGUACUGCUAUUGCCGGUGCUAUCUUCACAACCUUGAGCUCAUGUGAACCUGCUUUUGCUGCGCAACAAAUAGCUGAAAUAGCAGAAGGUGACAACCGUGGUAUAGCGCUCUUGCUACCACUCAUACCAGCCAUAGCUUGGGUGCUUUUCAACAUCCUCCAACCAGCACUUAACCAAAUUAACCGCAUGCGUCAGACCAAGGGGGUGAUCGUUGGGCUUGGACUUGGUGGAUUGGCUGCAUCAGGUUUCAUAUCAACACCAGACGCAUCAGCUAGUGAGAUUGCCAUGAUUGCUGAUGCAACAAGUGACAACAGGGGUACUCUUCUGUUGAUUGUCGUUGCUCCUGCUAUUCUAUGGGUGCUCUACAAUAUUCUACAACCGGCUUUGAACCAAAUCAACAAGAUGCGGUCUCAGUGAGAAAUAUAAACAUGUGGGAUUUUGUUAGGGGUGUGAUUAGCAUAAAUUUACUUGUAAUUGCACCUCGUGUUAAUGGAACUUUCUUUUCUUUUGAA